UCAAUCACGUUCCUUUUCUCAACGCCUCGUCUCACAUUUUUGAAAUACGAAGCUGUUUACGGAUAGUGUUCAUAUAGAUUUAAUACAUGAAGUAAUUAAAUUAUUAUAAUUAUCGCCGAACAGUAUCUUACUCGUCAAAUUUUGCAUUCCUCCGAAGCAGACGGUGGCGAUAGAGUACCACUGCUUUUACAAUCGACACAUGCCAAAACAGCUUCCGGGAAAAUAUCAACACAUGGACCUUUAACUUUUCGAGUUUGAGGACGCCGCCAUGACCAGGUGGGCGCGAGCCAACAACGUCCACAAGCACAAGGCGGCCGACGCCACGCCGUGGAGUCGGCUGAAGGCGACGGGAGGUCGAGCCCAGGGGAGCCGGGCUCCGGCGGUACAACUCGCCGCCGAUGGGAGGAAAAAGAAGAAGAAGAAGGACUACGCGGAUCAGGACGUCAACGGCUUUCUGGAGUUUCUGCAGCAGAACGGCCAUUCCUCUGCGACGGUAGAGCCGAAGGAACUGAAGCGGGAGGUGGAGGUGGCCUUGAGGAAGGACCACAGGAGAGAAAACAGAAGGAUCAAGAGGCAGACGGACAAGAAGAGCCAAAUGCUGUGCUUCAACUGUAGAAAGCCCGGCCACGGCCUUGCUGACUGCCCCGAGGCCGAGCGGGAGCGGGAGACGGGCGCUGGCAUCUGCUACCGCUGCGGCUCGGCGGAGCACGACAUCCAGCGUUGCCGGGCCAAAGUGGACCCCGCAGUAGGCGACUACCCUUACGCCAAGUGCUUCAUCUGCGGUCAGACGGGACAUUUGUCACGCUCGUGCCCGGACAACCCCAAAGGCCUCUACGCCCAAGGUGGAAGCUGUCGGACGUGCGGAUCGGUGGAACAUUUUCAGAAGGACUGUCCACAACGUCAAGCCUCAGCCGAGAGCAUGACGCUGACGCUGGGCUGGUUGUCCAACAACAUGAGUGCGGACCAUCAGGACGUGCAUGUUCCUGCCGUGACACAGAGCAAAGCCAAGCACAGCAAAGUGGUCUUCUUCUGAUGGACGCAUCCCAUCCUAAGCUCAACAACUCUUUUCUUUCUUUUGUCCGCUAAAAUAAAACUGCAUUCCCACACCA